AUGUUCUGUAUUUAUUGUCAACAGCUGAAAAGAAAUUUGCCAUUGUACUUGGCUCCUUGGAGGACUUCUCCCUGUGCCUUUAGAUCUUCCAAAUCGGAACUUAAGCCAAAUCUAGCUAGUGAUGGAGUUAUCUGUGCACCGCUUCAAACAUUCACCGAAGAGGAGAAAAUGCUCAAAAAUAUGGUGACAAAAUUUGCUCAGGAACGAGUUGCACCUUUGGUGCAAAAAAUGGAUGAGAAUUCGAAAAUGGAAGACUCUAUAAUACAGGGAUUGUUUGAACAAGGGCUGAUGAGUAUUGAUCUUGGGGAAGAAUAUGGAGGAACUGGAGCUUCAUUUUUUUCAAUCAUAUUGGUGGUAGAAGAACUAGCCAAAGUUGAUCCGGCUGUAGCUCUUCUCUGUGAACUCCAAAAUACACUAACCAUUAAGUUGUUUGCCACAUAUGGAACAGAAGAACAAAAGAGAACUUACUUGCCCAGAGUCGCUAAAGAUACAAUAGGCAGCUUCUGUCUUUCGGAGGCUGGAUCCGGCAGCGAUGCUUUUUCUUUGAAGACUCGGGCUGAAAAGAAAGGAGACUACUACAUUAUCAAUGGUUCCAAGAUGUGGAUUAGUUUAGCAGAACAUGCAGGAGUUUUCUUUGUGAUGGCAAAUACAGAUCCGUCCUUAGGAUACAGGGGAAUUACGUGCUUCAUAGUAGAUCGUGACACAGAGGGACUCCAUGUAGGAAAGAAGGAGGACAAGCUUGGAAUCAGAGCAUCUUCUACCUGCCCAGUAACAUUUGAAAACGUUAAGGUUCCUGAGACCAAUAUCCUGGGACAGGUUGGACAAGGCUAUAAGUAUGCCAUUGGAAUGCUAAAUACUGGCAGAAUAGGCAUUGCUGCACAGAUGUUGGGACUGGCACAGGGGUGUUUUGACCAUACAAUUCCCUAUACAAAGGAGAGAGUCCAGUUUGGGAAGAGCGUAUUCGAUUUCCAGGGGAUGCAACACCAGAUAGCUCAGGUGGCCACGCAGCUGGAGGCGGCGAGGUUGCUGACCUACAACGCGGCUCGUCUUGCCGAAACAGGAAGGCCAUUCAUAAAGGAGGCAAGCAUGGCCAAAUACUACGCUGCUGAGGUUGCAACACUGACAACUAGUAAAUGUAUUGAAUGGAUGGGUGGCGUUGGAUUCACAAAAAAUUAUCCAAUAGAAAAGUACUAUCGUGACUGCAAGAUAGGUACAAUAUAUGAAGGAACUUCAAAUAUCCAGUUGAGCACCAUCGCGAAAAGCUUAGCCCAGGAGUACUGAAACCACAUGGACUUCUUGACUGUUAACAGAAAUUAUUUCACUGAACGCUCGUUGUGUAUUACACGUUUAUUUGUAGUUAUAAAAAUCAUAAAUAAGAAUACGUCAUCACAAACAAAAUCUUAAGGAAAACCAUGAAUUCCCCAUAUCAGGACAGUAAGUGUGUGGUUCAUGUGAAAUCAUGAAUUGCACGUUCAAAUCCAGACCACGGGUUAAAAAUAUCUUUUUUUCUGCCAGAGACGCUUCUAAGCUAAUACACUGGCUGAAAUGAUUUUGUUGCCAUAACAGUUUAUCUCCACUUUGAGAUUUCAAAGUGAAAACAAAAGCAGCCAAAUCCUUGGCUUGCCUGGUGUGAACAGUUCCUGUGAAGGCACCUGGGAGAGAGGAGCCCACCCGGGCAGCAGAACCGUUGCAGGGCAUGAGGCUGCUGUUUGCUGGGAUCCCCUUUAUUAGCAUGGGGCAGAGGAGAGGUAUGUGGAAGGAGACACACGUGAUGGUUUCCACUCUCCCAGGUGGAGCCAUAUCUCUGGAGCUGCCGUAAUUGGAGUAAUUUUUACAGCAGCCCUUAGUGUGUUCUUAAGUAUAUCUUGGUAAUUAAGCCCUUCCAGCCCCAAUUUGUAGUACUGAAAGGUGGAUAAUAUCUACCUCCCUUUCUAGCCUUCUCAGCUGUUAAGGGUUUUAAUCUAAGAGGCUAUUUAUAGUUCUCCUUUCAUAAAAGGUUGAGUUGAAGUCUUUGUGAAAUGGGGUUAAAAAAGCUCUAGUAGUUCUGCAAAAAGACAGAGAUAGAAGGUGGGUAAUAGGAAUGCUGCGAUGCUACAUCACAGUGGCCUUUCCAUGUUCAAUGCUUUUUACAAACUUUAAUCCUUAGAGCCUUCCUGGGAGUUAGGGAGGGACUGUUAAUUUGCAGCUUGGAAAACCCGUUCAUGGAAAUUAGUGGUUCUCCACAAAAUGAGCAAAGUUUUUCUCUUUUUGAGAGAGAAAGAGAGGAGGGCAUUGAGAAGUAUUUGCUUUUUUAUCCCUCUCUGUUUACUUUAAAAUUAGACACUUUAUUUAUUGCAGAAACCUCUUCAGUGCUGGAGAACUAAUUAACUAAGAAUCAAGAGAUGGAAAGCUUAAUAUAUGAAAAAUUAUUAUAAUUGCUAUAAUUGGCAAUUUGUUUCAAGUGUUUUUGGGAGGGAAAGAUUUGGUUUCUGGUUUUAGCUGAUUUAGAAGAAUCUAAUUUGUAAAGCUUGCUAGUCACUGAUGAGUCCCUUCGAAUGCAGCUUAGAGUGUUACAGUCUGAGACUUCUAGAGGUUUUUCUAGCAAAACUAGGGGAAAUAACCCUUAACAAAGUAGGGUUUUUUAAAACAAGCAGACUGCAGUGCCUUAUGGAAAGCAACAAGCAAGGGGGAAAAGCACUAUUACAAAGUUUUCUGACUUCCUGUGAGCUUCAGAAGGAAGUAACUACUUUGAUGAAUAUCUUCUGCCACAUAUGUGUUUUGCCUGUUGAUAGGCAAAGAAUUAAUGUGGUAAUUAUCCUUAUGCCAAUAAAAAAAGCAUGCCCCAUAUGAGUUUGAUCAACAGCUUUGAGAUUUUGAAAAAUACAAGAGUAGGAGGGUAGAGUAGGUGAUUUCUGAAGCUUUCUUCCUGCUAUAUUAUUAUUGGUGUUGAUAUUAUUAUUGUGAUUAUUAAUAUUAAUGCAUUUUAGGUUGUUGCAGGCUUUCUUUCAGCUGAAUUGAAACGGCUGGGGAGAUUGUUUGACUAGAAUUAAGACUACAGACACCCCAACAGUGAACUACAGUUAUUCUGCUCAACAUGGUCUGUCAGAGUCUAAAAUGAUUGUAACCAUAGUACAAAAUGCUUGAGUUAAUGUUGAAUGCAAUGAGUUGUGCUGAUGUGAGAUGCAGCCCUUUGCUGCUGCAGCUUAACCUGAGUUAACCUGCAUAAUGUGAGUGUCAGCAGAGCUCAGGUUUUGAUUCAUACUGUUUAGUAGGUCUCCUCGUUUGAGUUCCUACCUUAGCUUGGCUUCUGUAGUUUUGUGAGAGGCUGAGUGAGUGACGAUACUUAAUAUAAUGCUUAAAGCAAACCCUUUAUGGAGGCAAAUGCAGAGCUCUUUGAAGGACUGUUAAGGGCAGGAUAUCCAGGAUUGCGUAAAAGGACUGUCUCUUUGUGUAGAACUGUGUCAGGUAUCUAUUUGAAAAAAUAAUCAGAAAAAAAAAUCAAAAUAAUGUGAUUUCCUACAGCCUGAACUUGGAUGCCAUACUCCAGGAAACAACCUGAAUGGCCUCGUCAGCUACUCAACAGUUCUCAGAAAAGCAAGGUCAAGCCUUUCACUAAUGUUACAGCUGUAAAUAUUUCAUGUCUCUCAGUUCUAUAUGCUGUAUUCUGUACACAGUAACUUUUGAAAGAAAUGUUAUGUAUUGUAUUGUAUUUUUGUCUGCAAAACUCUGUGGAGCAACAUGCGCACAAGUGACUUAUAACCACUGACUUUCUGUCAUCGUUGUUUUGAGAAGGCACGUACCGCUGUGGAGAGCACUGGAUAUUCUGGUCACUGACUCUGGGAAGAGUCAACUUGUUUCCUUCAGUCUGAUUCCGUUGGUUUAGUAUUAAAAUUACUAAAUGCCAUUGUGUGGGAGCUGUUAAGAGCUGCCUGCACUCCCCAACCCCUGUUCAGUUCGGGACAGGCAUUUAUGGAUUGUCACAGGUUGUACAUCUCCAUUUGGCACCGUGGGCACAGGAGUGUUGGUGGUGACUGGCUACACCAGUAGGUGUGGGGCUGGCUUUAGGUACACUGUGAGGCUUCCUGUGCUAAUGACAGGAUUCAACGCUGCAUUAUACCCCAUAAAUAUUUAUAUUAGUGAAUUUUCCCUUUCUAUGCUCUUAGCCCAGUCAGCCUAGUGUGAAAGAGCAUCUUCAGUAUCAGAUGUUGCAUCCAGGCUUCCCUCAUUAGAAGAAAAGACCUGUAUUGCGAAUGUAUUAAAAAGUGCCUGAAUUUGCUAUUUGACUUGAUACAAUGCUAAUCUUGUAUAUCAGGUGAUGGUUCUCUAAUAAUCUGUCAUUUAAAAUUUUUUCCACAUCUUGCCAUUUUUGUACUGGGUGAGAAUGACUGUAUCAUCUGUCAGGUUUCUUCAGUGUUACUCUGGUUUGUGAUAAAGGUCAGAGGCAGAUUUCCACAGAAAGGUUUAAUCACUACUUGGGAAAUGCUCAAAUACAACAUUUUAUACGAUGUU